AUUUUGGAAUGUUAAUCGAGAGACAUGAUGCCUUAAUAAUUGCUGGCAAAGUUGUUUUUGUAGCUGACACCAUCUCUCUCCCCUAAAAGUCCACUCCCUUUGUUUUUGUUGAACGGUGUUGAGAUCGUUAAUCAUACUCCAAUAACCACACCUCGCUCUCCCACAAACAACCUUAAUCACCCUCCCACGUAUUCAUAAAUAUUCAUGAUUUUGUGCUUUUGUUUCCAAGAAGCAGCAUAUGUUUGUUGAAAUACACCUGUGAGAUUUUUUUGACUUUCUUCAUUUUAAUAAGCACAGCCAUCAAAAAAGACCCUUUUCUUGACUUGGUUUGAAUCUUGAAUAUUGGGAGUGUUUGAGAUAGGGGGGUCUCUGCAAUUUAGCGAAUUAGUGAUUUAUUUCGUUUUAUUGAUUGGGUUGUUUGAUAGGAAAGAUGGGGUCUUUUCCUGGCCAUGCUUUACCAGGAACAUUGUUUCUCUGUGUUGGUUUGUGGCACAUAUGGUGUUCUAUUGUAAGGUAUAUAUCGAAUCCACAAACGUUUCGAGUUAGGGUUUGGAAUCCGGUUUCUGGUUUAGACGGCAGGCUUAGGUACUUGGAGCUAUAUCUUAUUGCUAUAGGUGCUUUUGCUGAUAUGUGCGUAGAGCUCUUAUAUUCGACUCACCUUAAGUUCUUUACGAAUGGGAUUUUGAAUCCCCAUCACAUGAAUGAUUUUGAGCAUGGUGGGAUGCUUCUGAUGUUCUUUAUCUACAGUGUUAUCAUUCUGCUGUCCGAGCAAACCAGCUAUCUUCCAUUGCCAGAAGGAGCUUUAUGUUUCAUCGCCUCCACAGCAUUUUGUGCAGAGUACCUAUUAUUCUAUUUUCACUCGACUACUCAUAAAGGCCUCGAGGGUCACUACCAUCUCCUCCUCGUCCUUCUUGUAGCGUUUUGCAUCUUAUCUAGUGUCGCAGGAGCACUCAUGCCAACCAGCUUUGCAGCUGAUUUGUCUAAUGGCAUUGCAUUAGCACUUCAAGGCCUUUGGUUUUAUCAGUCUGCUUUCACAUUGUACGGGCCGUCCAUGCCAAAUGGUUGCCGACUGAAAGAAAACGAAGUCUCAUGUAUUUCUCCUGAUCACGAGAUUCGAGGGCAGCUGCUUGCAAACUUUCAAUUAUUCUCCAUUGUAUUUGGCCUCAUGGUUGGAGUUGUGGGAUCAUAUGGUUUUGCAGCUAAGAAAUAUGGGCAAGCUGAGACUAUAAGUUCACAGGGCUAGCAUAAUUCUGUUCAUCUUCUUAUUUUUUGGUGCUCCCUCCUGAGAAGGAUUACAUAUGAGAAUCUCUUUCUGUCGAAACAAAGAGAAUAUAGAAUGUACUAUUUUUUAUUUUUUCUGACUCUUAUGUUUGGCAACACGAGUUUUAGUUGGGAAUGCAAACAAGCUUUCCAAAUAUUAA